GCAGGGAUAGUCUAGCUGUGUGACCCUAUGAGCGCGCUGGGUACGUCAUGACGCCAUGCGUUGCGGGUGGGACGUCUAGUCGUAGUGAACCAUCCGCAUUGUUGUUGGUUGCAGGCGAAGAAUCGUAUACUCGCUCGUUGCCGGAAAGGAAACGACGCUGUUUUUGAAUGGCAAUCGAACCAAGCGUUUUCGUAGUGAUUAUUAGUUCAUAAUUAUAGUCCUGGCGGCCGCUGUGGUUAAGCGUUUGCAGCAUUCCAGAUUUAUCCAUGCAGAUUUAAAUUGGUGGUCCUUGGAUGAGAACAUUGUGUACGGAAUAACUGCAGGCCACCUCGUCAGAAAGCUGCUCCUUUCUUUAUUCAGCAGAUCAGAGCUUUGUAAGGAUCCCCAAUGAAAAGAAAAUCUCCACCUCACAAAGUAUUUUCCCCUCAGCGGCUACCUUCCCCAAUCAAACUUUCCUCAAACCGUGAGACGCUGACUUACGCCCAGGCCCAGAGGAUGGUCGAACUAGAAGUUAAUGGCCGGUUGCACCGGAUCAGCAUCUUUGACCAGCUCUACAUCAUCACGGAUGAGGAUCCCAUUGCACAGGAAAUUAUGGAGUGUACCAGCAAUAAGGAGAAUGCUGAAAAACACCAGCAGGUCUUGGUACGUUCUGCACGCCUCAGAAACAACCAGCAGAAAAAGAGUGCUGUCUCCGCACAAAAUGCUUUAGUGCAAGGCAGCACUCUUCCCGAACCCAAAUUCCGCACAGUGGAUUACAAUCUCCCAGCAAUCCCACGCAGACCUUCUACAUACUACAAGUAUGAGGAGAAAACUUCAGAAGAGCUGAAUGAGGAGGUGGAAUAUGAUAUGGACGAAGAGGACUAUGCCUGGCUUGAGCUGGUUAAUGAGAAAAGAAAGAAUGAAGGUCUUAAGCUAGUUUCCCCUAAUGCCUUUGAGUUCCUUCUUGACCGUUUUGAAAAAGAAUCAUUUUUAGAGAGUCAGGGCCAACAGAGUCUACAGUCCUUAAUCGAUGAAGAUGCUGUUUGCUGCAUAUGCAUGGAUGGAGAUUGCAUGGACAGCAAUGCCAUUCUGUUCUGCGACAUGUGCAAUCUAGCUGUUCAUCAGGAUUGUUAUGGUGUUCCAUAUAUUCCAGAGGGACAGUGGCUUUGCCGACAUUGUCUACAGUCCCCAACACAACCCGCUAACUGCAUCCUCUGCCCUAACAAGGGAGGAGCGGUCAAAAAGACAGAAGAUGACCAGUGGGGUCAUGUUGUUUGUGCUUUAUGGGUUCCCGAGGUUGGGUUUUCCAACACAGUCUUCAUUGAGCCUAUUGAUGGUGUUUCAAAUAUUCCGCCAGCUCGAUGGAAGCUUACCUGCUACCUCUGUAAAGAAAAAGGUGUUGGGGCUUGUAUCCAGUGCCACAAAGCGAACUGCUAUACUGCUUUUCAUGUCAGCUGUGCACAGAAGGCUGGUCUCUUUAUGAAGAUGGAGCCUAUUAAAGAGUUGACUGAUUCAGGUGUACCCACUUUCUCAGUGAAAAAGACUGCCUACUGUGGGGCCCACACCCCAAAUGGCUCCAUUAAAAGACCGCUUACAAUUUAUAAUGAAACUAAGACAAAUUACAGACUUUGUCAGUCAGUGGACAAAAAGAGCAGCAGGACAAGAUUAAAAAAACAGAAGAGACUUAAAAACAAUGAGGUGGAAUUUGUAGGCCCAGUUCCAAAUGCAUCUGUACCCAGUUUUUCACCUGAAAGGUUAAACACGAUCCUCAAUCAAGUUUCUUUACAGAAAAAGAAGGCAUUUGGUGAACUUGUCUUGAAUUAUUGGAUGCUUAAAAGACUUUCAAGAAAUGGAGUGCCACUCAACAGACGCCUCCAAACUAGCCUACAUUCCCAGAAAAACACACAGCCGAAACAGACAGAAGAGGAAACUGAAGCAUUGAAGGAGCAGCUGAAGGAGUGGCAACGGUUGAGACAUGACCUUGAGCGAGCAAGACUCCUGCUAGAGCUGAUAAGGAAGAGAGAGAAACUCAAGAAAGAAGAGAUUAUGCUUCAGCAGACAUUAAUGGAGGGCCAACUCACUCCUUUCACAGUCCUUCUGAGGACUGUGCUGGAUCAGUUACAGGAGAAAGACCAAGCACACAUUUUUGCAGAGCCUGUUAGCAUUAAAGAGGUGCCUGACUAUAUGGAUCACAUCUUGCACCCUAUGGAUUUUUCCACCAUGAGGAAAUGCAUUGAUGCACAAGGCUACAAAAAUCUGGAUGAAUUUGAAGCUGACUUCAAUCUCAUUAUUGAAAACUGCAUGAAGUACAAUGGCAAGGAUACAUUCUUCUACAGGGCAGCUGUUAGAUUAAGAGACCAGGGUGGAGCUGUGCUAAGGAAAACUCGCAGAGAUGUUCAGAGAAUCGGCUUUGAUUUUGAAACUGGCAUGCACCUGCUUGAACCACCUAAGAUCGAGCCAUCUGCACCUUUCUCCUGGGAAGAUGUGGACCGCUUAUUGGUUCCAGCCAAUCGAGAGCACAUGUCAUUGGAAGAACAGCUGAGGGAGCUACUGGAAAAGUUGGAUCUGACUACAGCAAUGAAAUCCAGCCCAUCACGGAGCAGAAGACUAAAGCUGCUUAAGAAAAUAAUUAGUGAUGUGAGGAUGGAGCUGAGUUUGAAGAAGGCUUUUCCUGCAGUUGAACUGGAGAAUGCUGCAGAAGAAGAAGCUGGCAAUAUCCUUCAAAAAGGUGAUAAAUCUGUCCCACCUAAGCUAGAGCCAUCUGUUUCUGUGCCGCCCUUCAUUAAUGCGGGAUGUCACUCUGAGCCACCCAAACUGAAACUCAUUGAACCCAGUCCCGACAAAAACCGGCACCACCAGGAUGGCAUUUCCCAGCCACUCAAUGGACACUCCCAUCUGCAGUUAGAGGACAGCGAUGUCAGUGUAUUAGCUACAUCAACUCUGGCCAAGCCAUCAAGCCCAGUAAACCGACGGACGUCUGUGCUUUUCCGCAAAUCAAAAAGCACAAGCCCUCAUAAGCCCAUAAGAGGUGGUGAAACUCCAAAGAGCAGUACUCGGCUAGGCACAAAAACAUUCUUGUCAGUCGUCAUACCACGCCUAGAGACAUUGCUUCACUCUAGGAAGAGACCACGGAGUACCAGUAGAGACAGUGUUGAGGACGAAUCGCCCAUCAAACGCCUGGACUCAGGGCUGUCAAAUGGUUUUGAUCUGGAGCCGGAGAAAGAAUUGGAUUCUAGCAGGCAGUUGGAGCCUCGGCGCAGGUGCGCAUCUGAAUCCAGCAUGUCUUCCUGCAGCAGUAGUAUUGCAGUUAAUCUACCGAAGUGUGGAAAGGGGAAGCCAGCCCUCAUCCGGAGAAACACAGUGGAGGACAAGAAUGAGAUUAUUGCUUGCAUCGAGAGUAGAAACUUCGCCAAGGCUGCUAGAAUAGCUGCUGAAGUUGGCAACAGCAGUAUUUGGAUGCCUGCUAGUGCUGCGACAGUUCUGGAACCUCUCAAACUAGUUUGGGCUAAAUGUAGUGGAUACCCCUCCUACCCUGCCCUGAUCAUAGACCCUCACAUGCCACGAGUGGGGUGCCAGCACAAUGGAGUCUCUAUCCCAAUGCCCCCGCUGGACGUUCUACGGAUUGGGGAACAGAUGCAGUACAAGUCAGAAGAGAAACUUUACCUUGUUCUCUUCUUCGACAACAAACGUAGCUGGCAGUGGCUUCCUAAAUCCAAGAUGGUUCCUCUCGGUAUUGACAAAACCAUCGACAAGAUUAAAAUGAUGGAGGGCCGCUCCUCAGCCAUCCGCAAGGCUGUUCAGACUGCCUUUAACCGCGCCGUGAACCAUCUGAAUCGAGUCCAAGAUGAACCUAUUAGUGACCUCAGUGAUGUUGACUAAGAUUGGCAAAUGCAGACACAUUUCAAAGCCUUACCUUCAUUCCUGACUGGCACCUGCUGUGUGACUUCUGUAUUUUGUUUUACUCCAUACCUGCCACUCCUGUCUCAUUUGCACAGAAGUCUCUAAUCAGUUCUGUAAAUAAUGUAAAUCACUUAUCACUAACUUAUUCUUGAGAUUUACUGUCAUACAUUUUUAUAGUAUUUAUACAUUUUUGUGAAUUAUUCCCAGCAUAAUAACUCAUUGAUGCUGGAAAAAAUGGACAAAAUAAAUUGUGUGAAACUAAAGUAAAAGAAUACUGUAAUCAGGGCUGGAACAUGAUGUGAGAGUACUUGCUUUUUUAUGUUUAAAUUAUUGAAGUUUGUACACACAGGCUUUUAUUUGGCAGUUUUUUUGUAACCUAAGAAUGUUUUUUACAGCAAUUUUAACCUAUUUUGAUGUAUUUAUAUAACUAAAUAUAUAACUUUAUUUGUCUUUUCAUAUUAGUAAUUCAUGUUGUUAUGAAAACCACAAGUGCGUUAUUCUGAUAUUCUAAUGAAACCAAAAAAGAAAGAAAAUGAAAAAAAAAAAUGCUGCCCAGACUUUUGUUUGUGUUGAGUGAAUGGUUUUGUUUAAACUUUUUUUUUUUUUUUUUUUAAUAUAUAAAUGUUUGUAUUUGUAUGUGGGAACUCCAUAAUGGCUGUAGGAUACUGUACUUGUAUUGGUGUUAAUUUAUUGUGUUGGGUGGUGUUCAUUCACUGGGGAAAGCAUAAAAAAAGUUUUACUGGACUUAGGAGUUAUUUUUAUGUUUUUAUGUUUAAUUUUUUUUAAUUUUUUACAUUGACUUCCUUAAUUUAGUUUUGCUUUGGGUUGUAGUAGGUGGAUUUUGGAAUACUUUUUAAACCGUAUGUCAGUUGUUUCAGUUGGUAUUACCACUGUUGAUUGAAUUGUCCUUUUUUAUUUUUUUAAUAAAUUUAUAAAUAAGCUAGUUAUGUCUUGAGUUUAU